CGUCCGUGUUUGCAUGAAUAGCGUAGAAGCGCACCGAUCUGUAAACGCAGAAAACCUGGUGCAGGACCCCAGAACGACAGGUCGGAGAGGUUAGCUGCUUUCUGCGCCCUUAGGCACUUUGCACCAUUGCUUCUUAUCAUGGCUAACGAUCCAGCUUCCGAAUCACUUGAGACGGCAACAUUAUCUGGAGUCGACUACAAAACUCAUUUCGACCCCAAAAUCUAUUUGGAGAAUUAUCACAAGCAGGAAAGCCGGUUCUACGACAAGAUGUUAGAUAUGCUUCAUAAGCUCGUGGCUGCGGGAGAAAUUCGUGAUGGUAGCAGACUCCUUGAUGUAGGGUCUGGCCCGAGUAUCUAUUCUGUCAUUUCCGCUGGAAGUCGAUGUUCAGAUAUCAUCUGCUCGGAUUAUGCAACGCAAAGUUUGGAUGAAAUCCUAAAAUGGGUGAAUAGUGACCAUGAUGCCCACAACUGGCAACGAUACUUUGAAUAUGUGUGCAAACUAGAAGGGAAAAGCGAUGAAUGGAAACUAAGACAAGACCACAUCCGGCAAGCAAUCAAACGGGUCGUACCAUGUGAUGUUCACCAAGAGAACCCAUUGGCUCCGUUGGUCUUGGAACCCUUCGACGUGAUCACAUCCAGCCUCUGUUUGGAGGCAGCGUGUUGUGACGAAUCAGCAUAUAGGAGUGCUGUUAAACACGUGACCUCACUUCUCAAGCCGGGGGGAAAAUUAUUCAUGGCCGGGGUUCAGGGUGAAACGUUCUACUAUGUCGGUAAGAAGAAGUUCAACACCUUUCCAUUGAGCAACGAGAUAAUAGAAAGUGCAUUUGCCAAAGUAGGCCUGACCAAUUUACAAUGGUACAAUGAGACUAGUGACAUUAAGGAAAAUGCCAUCGAGGGUCGCUCAAAUGAUUUUUCUGGAUUGUUUGCGGUCAGUGCCACACGAAUCAGUGGAUGAUGCGCGAACCGUGAACCUCACACUGAAGUUCAGCUACCAGCUAUAAACAUGGUCCUCGUAUAUGGAUCGAACAGUGUAGAUGGACAUCCAGCUAACAGCUCCUCAAUGUAAAGAGGCUAUGCAUGGUUUUCAAACUUUUUUUCAUUUGUGGUUCUAGCGUUUGUUGUAUUAAAUUCAGAUUGGUGAUUGAAGUAUACCCUCCUUUUGGACUGCUAUUCAUUUUUUGUUUGAAGGCAAAUUCAGUAAGGUGAGCCGUCAAAUUGUCGGCCGAUAGCUGUCAUUGUGGUAUCAUGAGCAACGUAUCAGAAGUAGGUUUUGCAAUACACACGCAUUGCAUUAGCCCAAAGUACACUACAUAGACCUUCCAUUCCUGCACAACAAGGCUGCACCCAAGGAGAUAUGUUUAGGUUUUCGAAGUGAUUGCAUUUCUUUUUUCAGCGUUUGAACGAAUUGGUGUGUACAUGUAUGCUUUGAUUUCUCGCGGACGCCAAACUUUUUUCGAUCAAACGCUGAAAUAGCUUUGAUAAGGGCACCUCUAUCCAAACUAAACUGCGAGAACAUUACAUUGCCUCUCGACACAAGGCCCAUGCUAAUGAUAGCAAGACGAGGGCUGCAUUAGGAUACAACAUUCGUUUGAAACUCAAAAACUGCUCCGUACCUCAAAACAAUUAGAAUCCCCUUUUGGACUGUGGCCUGAAUUCAUUCACUGAGGUUUAGUUGUGUAGCCUUGAGACAGUGAUUCUCCAGGGCCUGGUAAGAAGUACAUGUUUAUAAUGCUACCAGCAGUAACCCGCAGUCUCGUAAAUUAACUGAUGAAGUGAUGAUUAUUUCACAAAAUCCUCCAUUGUCAAAACGAGGCUAAUACAUCAUCCAAUGAAACAUUGUAAACAGGGUGUUUUUACACUUUUAUACACUGGUAGACUAAAAUGAUCGCAUGGAACCUGUUCAAUGUGUUCAUCGGGCUUCCGCUUUCGGCUGAGGUUUUUUAUCACCGUUGGGCGAAGCAAAUGCAGGCUAGAUAGCCUGUAUUAAUAUCGCCUCUUUGACUUUUUUCAUACCUUUUUAAACCUAUUUCAGGGGCGCUGCUAUCUUUUGAUCUUGGAGAUAGGGGAGGGGGUAACUUUCUGAAAUUUUUCGGCCAGAAUCAUUAUCAAAACAAUACAACAGUAAUAGUCGAAAUAGUUAUAGUCAAAAACCGUGAAUUAAUAUAGUGUGUACGCUACAUACGGUACACGUAGGGCCUACAUAUAGCCUGUUAUUCAUUGCGGUUUUUUCCACUAUUGACUAAUAGUGCAAGAUAAGUUUCCUGUGCGAAAUGCGCAUAAUGACAUACCAGACGAGGUGAUAUACAAAGGAGUAUGUUUUCCCCAAAAAUAUCUGGCCGAAUGCAAUAAAGGGAAAAUUUAAGCAGCAGAUAGGCAGGCAGAUAAAGUUACACAAAGUCCCCAAUAGGGGUCUCUCACAUCCCACAGUACCUCGAAAUAGUUCACGCUUGUACGAGGAAUAUAUUUAGUGCGGAAUCUGACACGACCCAGAACCAUAGGAUUUUCUAAAAUUUCAAAAGCAAUGUCCAAAACUGCCUCGUAACAUUCGUGAAAAUCAUUAUCAGAUCAGCAUUAGUGUGAUAACACAAGUGGCGGCGCAUGGUGGCAAGCAGUGUCAUUAUUCUCCAGGCCACGUAAGUACUCCGCCCAAGAUGUCGAUUUCAGUUUGGCAAAAAGUGCAGAAAACUUUGAAUCUUUGUCAGGAAUGUAAGUUCUGAGUACACGGUCCAUUAUUUUCAGCUUGUACCUUCACCAAAGUUUCUCAUGAAAAUA